GAUUGCCUUAGUCAAAAUCCACGUUCAAAUUGUUUCCUAUUGAAACUCCAUCAAAUGGAGUUCUUGUUUGAUUGUGGUUUAGACAUGUCUUCCAUUCUAAAGUUUCCACCACGUGUUGCCACCGGACAGAAGGAAGAGCAAAAACUUCUAGACAUAUUAAACCCUGACUCUUCUCAAAAACCGAGCACAGCGUAUAACUCUACUGGAGGGGAUAUGAAGUACAAACGUCGUAAAAUAGAUGUUCUUACAGACUCGGGCACUAAUAUACGGCCAGGCGGAGAAUUCGUUGUUCAGACACCAGAUUUUUCAAUAAUAGACUGGAAUUCAAUAGAUUUUAUAAUAAUAUCUAAUUUCAGGCAUAUGCUUGCUUUACCAUUUAUCACGGAAUACACGAAUUUUGAAGGAAGUAUAUAUGCAACGGAGCCGACUAUUGAGCUUGGAGGAAAGAAUACUGAACCAAUAGAGAAUCCCAACAUGAAUCAUGCUCGUUCAUUAUAUUCAUUAGCUGAUGUUCAAGCAUGUAUUAAAAAAAUACAACCUGUGAGAUAUGGUGAAGAACUGAUGGUGUAUGAUUCGCUUAAAGUAACUGCUUUUAGCUCUGGUUAUUGUUUGGGAGGCGCGAAUUGGACCAUAGAAUAUGCGUAUAAAAAGAUAUCAAUUAUAUCUUCCUCUUCUGUCGGAAAUAAUAUUCACCCUGCUCCUUUUGAUAGUACCAUCUUGGAAAAUACUAACGUGAUGCUUUUAACUGACAUCCGUAAAGAAUUAAACGACUCUUACGAUAAGAUUCUUAAUGAGAUCCAAUCAAUUGUUGCUAAUAGCUUACGACAGGGUGGUAAUAUUUUGUUUCCGUGUAAUUUAAAUGGGAUUAUUUUCGAUUUGUUGAAAGACCUAAGUAAUCGCUUCAAAGCCGAUCAGAAUCCGUUUUACAUUGCUUCUCCUGUGGCCGAAGAAUCGCUUCAAUAUUCCAAUAUUCUAUCAGAAUGGAUGUGUGUUCAGAAUCAAGAAAAGGUUUAUGCGCCUGAAGACCCAAUGGAACACAAGAAUUUAAUGGCUCAAGGGAGACUAAUUCACGUCGCACAUGUUGACAGUUCUAUUAAUGAAAGAUAUAAGGAACCAUGUAUAGUUUUUGCUGGCCAUCCUUCGUUGCGAAGUGGUCCCGUUAUUGAUUUUAUACAUAAAUGGCGAGAAGAUUCUAAGAAUGUGAUGAUCUUAACAGAUUCCGAAUUCGAUUUUAGUGUGGCAUCAUCUAUCUUUGAAGGAGUGAAAAUGAACAUCAAAUAUUUACCGAUAGAUAUUCGAAUGUCAAUCAAUCAACUUAGCGAGUUAAUGAAGGGAAGUACACCACAAAUCAUAGUCUCGUCUAAUGCUGUUGGUACAAUAGAAAAAUAUUUUCCGCAUUCAAAGAUAAGUUUUUACGAAUACUUGGAUACUCUAAAGACACCCAUUAGGGCUCAAUACGAAAGAACACAAUUAAAAGAAACGCUUGCAAAAACUAUUCGUCCAAUAAAAAUCGAAGACACUUUGGUUGCUUCUUUACAAGGAAAUUUGUCAAUACAGAAUAGUCGAUUUGUAUUAGAACAAGAAACUGAAGAUUCACCUACUUCGAGACUUCUUUUGGGUAAUGUGCAACUUCACAAGAUGUUAACCCGUUUAUCUGAGGUUGGUAUCGACGAUGUUAGUAUAACACGAGAUGAGAUAAUUUCAGGAUUUAUUAUAACUUUGAGUUCCCCAGCAGCAACGAUUAAAUUGAGUAAUGGUAAAUCAACAAUCGAAACUUUUGACAAUGAUUCUAGAAAAUAUUUGACUGAACUAUUAAUAUCCAGUCUUGAAUAA